GUGAGUCGUGUGUUAUGGCCGGGCUCGCGAUGUUGUGUGUCGAGCGAUAAGAGAAAGAGAUAAACAUGGAAAUGACUGAAAUAAAACAAAAUAAAAUAAAAUAUAUAAAAUUAAUUAAACUACUGUAGAGGUUUAAACGCAAAGAGAAGAGGAGAGUAAUCAGAGAAGUCCAGAACCUACAGUCUCCAUCUGCUCAACCCCUGAAGAUACCCAGCCCAGUGUGGGAUGGAGGUGGGCGGAGUUAUGGAGGAGGGCAGAGUCGUUUUGGAGCUCCACAUGUUAUACGACUCGGAAUCGCCCUGCAGCAGGUCUGUAGGAACUGAUCUCUCCAUGCAGGAGAUUGGAAACCUCCAAUCAGAAGUGAGGAAGCUGAGAGAGAUCAUCACCUCCCUGCAGGAGAAGCUGAAGGAACGAGCAGAGGAACUCUAUAAAGAGGUGGAACCCAGUUUGUGUUCUGCCUGCAAAGUUAAACUGAAGAACACAGAGAUACAGAACCUCUCAGGACUUAAUCAGAACCCACUGCAGGACGUGGAGGAGGAUGUAUCCAGUGUGUAUUCUGUGUGUAAGACUAAAAUAGACUCUGGACUGGACCAUGAGAACCUAAACUCACUGGAGGAUGUGGAAGAGGCAGAGUCGGAGGAUGAUGAUGGCGGAUUCUCUUUGCAGUGCUACACCGACGCUGACCCUGACUCAACCAAUUCCAAUGACCCAAGCAAGCCCAUUCCAACCAAUCCCAACCUCAACCCAACCAACCACACCAAGCCCAUCCUAACCAAUCCCACCGACCCCGACUCCACCAAUCCCAAGCCCAACCCAACCAAACCCACUUCCACAGACUGGGUGGAGCCAGGCUGUAAUGGUGGACCACAGCAUACACUCACCACUCCAUUAAAGAUGUGCUCGGUGAGACUGAUGGACUGUGUAACGGCGGUCUCGAGACUCGUGGACCACCACCAAGUAGAGCAGGAACCGAUGGGAAACAACAGAGAUGAUGUCGAUCAUGAAGAUCCCAGUUUUAUUCCCUCUGGUGACGAGUCCAGUAAUGAAGAAGGCCACGACCGAAAGAAACGCGAUCACGUUCAACAGCAAAACCAGAGUUCAGGUCCAUCGGAUGGCCUGCAUGUUGAGAGUGUGUCCCACGGUGGGAAAACUUUCUCCUGUUCUCAGUGUAAGAAAAUGUUCGGUAACCGGAAGAACCUUAGGGCGCACGAGAAGAGGCACAAUGAGCAGAAGGACUUUCUCUGCGAGGUCUGCGACCUGAAGUUCAUCAAGUUGUCAGAGCUGAAAAAGCAUAGUUUGAUGCACAAGGAAAAGGGCAAGUUCAGGUGUUCAGGCUGCAAGAAGAGCUUCCUCGAUUCCUCCUUGUUAAGGAGUCACUCUUGCAAUCUUCCUCUUUCAGGUGACAAGACUUGUGACAAUGACAGGUCGCCUUCGAGUAAAGGUCACAAACAAAAGAAGUGUGAUCUCACUGAACAGCAAAACCAGAACUUUGGGGAAAGUUCAGGUCCGUCGGACGACCUGCAGGUUGAGAAUGUGUCUCUGGAUGAGAAGACGAAGUCGUUCUCCUGUUCUGUGUGUAAGAAAUUGUAUGCUAGUCUCAAGUACCUUAAGCUGCACGAGAAGAGGCACAACGAGGUGAAAGACUUCCUCUGCGAAGUCUGCAGCAGGUCGUUCAUCAGUUUAACCGAGCUAAAAAAGCACAUGUUAAUGCACACGGGAGAGGGCAAGUUCAAGUGUCUGGUCUGCGGAAGGAGCUUCCUCAAUUUGUCCAGCUUCAAACUUCACUCAGUAAGUCACAGCGAUGAACGUGCUUUCAGCUGCGACGAGUGUGGAAGGAAAUAUAAGGUGAAAGGGUCACUCGUGGAGCACCAGAAGUCCCACACCGGGCUUCAACUGUUUCCGUGCUCCGACUGUGGCAAGACUUUCACCCACAAAAGGUACCUGAAGAAACACAUGCUCCGCCACUCCAAGGAGAAGCAGUUCCAGUGCUCCUAUUGCCAGAAUAAGUUCUCGCAGCUGAACAGUCUGAAGACACAUAUGCGAAUCCACAGCGACGACAAGCCGUACAAGUGCUCUCACUGCGGCAAAGGUUUCAGACAUAAGGUGCAUAUGCAGUGUCAUGAGAGAACACAUACUGGAGAGAAGCCGUACCUCUGCGCCGACUGCGGGAAGAGUUUCUCCGAUCCAUCGCAUUUCAACGAGCACAAGCGAUUGCACACCGGCGAACGGCCUUACGUCUGCACCACCUGCGGCAAGAGUUUCAGCAAGAAGAUCACUCUUCGCCAGCAUGAGAAAAUACACACUGGAGAAAAGCCAUAUAAGUGCACGGAGUGCGAGAAGACCUUCGCAAGGCCCUGCGUAUUCAAAAACCACCUGAGGAUUCAUACCGGUGAAAAGCCCUACCAGUGCCCCAUCUGCAAGGAAAAGUUUACCUUUUUAAGUUCUCUGAACAGCCACAAGAAAAAACAUGCUGCAGAUAUUCCACUCGUGACCACCUGAUCAGUAACAGGUAAAGCGAGGUGGGGGAACGGGGAUUGUGAAAAAAUUGCCUGCAUCGGAUCCGAAUUUCAGCGCUGCAAGAGAAAAAUGUCUGUGUAGAAUGACAUAGUGAAAGAGUAGUAAAAUUUGAGUGACAGCAUGUGACCAUACGACGAGAAGACUAGCAUGUUUGACAUGCUCGGCGACACGCUCCCUGGCACUGACCUAUAGCCAUGAUUGACAGAUUCUUUGCUCCUCCUCGGCAAUGACCUACGAACUCAACGCAAGGACGUGGACGACAAUUGGUCAGUGACUUGCGUGUGGUGUUGCCUGUUCCCCAAGUAAGAAACAAAAUGAAGAUGAUUGCUUAAUUGACAUAGUGAACAUCGUGAGAGACUAAAAAAUUGCGUAGUCUGAGCUUGGAAUAAGACAAGGGACAGAAUAUGCAUCUCCCAAAAGACACCGAGGUUCUCCAGGCAGUGGUUUGUACCCACGGACACUUAAUCCAUGUUCAGAAAGAAUAAUUUUUAAUUGGUCUUUGGGUUUUGUUCCAAAUAUCAGAGCAGCUCUACUGAUGACAACCAGAUCCUUACCUCCAGAAACUGUUUAACUGUAAAGAUUGUUUUUAUUAUUUUUGCAUACUGUGAAAUGCUGUGUGAAACACUCACGGGUGUUAAAUUAUUACAAAAAGACAUGAUUUUUACAUUUGUUUUUUAAUAAAAUAAAAAUAUUGGCAUA